AUGCCGGCGAUGGCGUCGGCGACCAUUCGGUCGACUUCCACCGGCCGGAGAUUCUCCGGACUGGGGGUCUUACACCUCUCCUCCAGCUCCCUCAGAAUGGCCCCCGUCUUGGACCAUAAAAACACUUCAUUAACAGUUGCCAACUGGGAGAUAUCAAGUCACCGUGAUCCUGAAUCUUACCCGACAGUCGAGUUGAAUGCAGCGGUGAGGCUUGCCGAGAAGCAUAUCCCGUCGGUCCCUCAUUGGAGAUUUUGCUACUUGAUCAUUCGCAAAGUUUUCGUCUAUGGAGCCUUCCUCAUUCACCGACUUGAUCCAGAUCUUCGUGAUGCUGUAUGCAUUCUCAGUUUGGUAUGUAUCGCACUCGACACUGUUGAGGAUGAUACAAGCAUGGAUACAGAGGUUAAAACCCCAGUCUUGAUGGCUUUCCAUCGUCACAUCUAUGAUCGUGAAUGGCAUUUUGCUUGUGGUACGAAGGACUUCAGAGUUCUCAUGAAUAAGUUCCAUCAUGUUUCCACUUCUUUUCUGGAGCUUGGAAGCAGUUAUCAGAAGGUGAUCGAGGAUGUAAGCAUGACGAUAGGUGCUGGAAUGGCAAAAUUUUUAUACAAGGAGGUAGAAACAAUUGAAGACUAUGAUGAAUAUUGUCACUAUGUAGCUGGAGUUAUUGGAUUAGGGUUUUCGAAGCUAAUCUGUGCCUCUGGAAUAGAAGAUUUGCCGCCAGAUGAAUUUUUCCACUCAAUGUCUGUAUUUGCUCAGAAAGCAGACAUUAUCCAAGACUAUCUAGAGGAUAACAAUGAGAUACCAAAGUCACUACAAAACCUGCGUAUGUUUUGGCCUCGCCAGAUUUGGGGUAAGUAUGUCGACAAAUCUGAGGACUUAAAAUUCGAGAAAAACUCGAUCAAGGCAGUACACUGCCUGAACGAGAUGAUAACGAAUGCUUUGAUACACGCGGAUGAUUGCCUGAAGUACAUUUCUGCAGUGCAACAUCCAACUAUCUUUCAGUCUUGUGCAAUGACACAGAUUGUAGCAAUUGGGACGUUAACUUCGUGCUACAACAACAUUCAAGUCUUUAGAGGUGUUGAGAACAUGAGAUUUGGUCUUGCUCCUAAAGCUGUUGUUGGAAGCAAAACUAUCUCAGAUUUCUAUGGGGUUUUUUACGAUUUCACUUGCGUGCUGAAAUCUAAGAUCGAUGACAAUGAUCCUAAUGCUACAAAAACCAAGGAAAGAGUAGAAGCAAUCUUGAAUACUUUGCAGGAACUCCGAAACCUUAAAACUGAAGGAUCCAAACAGAGUAUUUAG